UGAGAUGGGGGCGAUGGCGCCGCGCACGCUGCUCCUGCUGCUGGCGGCCGCCCUGGCCCCGACCCUGACGCGCGCGGGCUUGCACUCCAUGCUGUAUUUCUACACCAUCGUGUCCCGGCCCGGCCUCGGGGAGCCCCGGUUCAUCGUCGUCGGCUACGUGGACGACACGCAGUUCGUGCGCUACGACAGCGACGCGGAGACUCCGAUGAUGGAGCCGCGGGCGCCGUGGAUGGAGAAGGAGGGGCCGGAGUAUUGGGAGAGGAGCACACAGAUCGUCAAGAACGCCGAGCAGAUUUACCGAGUGAACCUGAGGACCAUGCUCGGCUACUACAACCAGAGCGAGGGCGACUCUCACACCUUCCAGAGGACGUACGGCUGUCAAGUGAGGUCGAACGGGCGCUUCCUCCGCGGGUAUGAACAGUUCGCCUACGACGGCCGCGAUUACAUCGCCCUGAAUGACAACCUGACGACGUGGACGGCGGCGGACGUGGCGGCGCAGAUCACCAAGCGGAAGUGGGAGCAGGCUGGGGUGGCAGAGAGAAUGAAGGCCUACCUGGAGGACACGUGCUUGCAGUGGCUGCGCAGACACCUGGAGAAAGGGAAGGACGCGCUGCUGCGCACAGACCCCCCAAAGGCACAUGUGACCCAUCAUCCUGGACCUAAAGGUGAUGUCACCCUGAGGUGCUGGGCCCUGGGCUUCUACCCGGCUGACAUCACCCUGACCUGGCAGAGGGAGGAGGAGGAACAGACUCAGGACAUGGAGCUGGUGGAGACCAGACCUUCUGGGGAUGGAACCUUCCAGAAGUGGGCAUCUCUGGUGGUACCUUCUGGGGAGGAGCACAAAUACACAUGCCAUGUGUACCAUGAGGGGCUGCCUGAGCCCCUGACCCUGAGAUGGGAGCCUCCUCAGUCCACGGUCCCCAUCAUGGCAGUCAAUGCUGGUCUGGUUCUCCUUGGAGCUGUGAUCAUUGGAGCUGUGGUGGCUGUUGUGAGGAAGAGGAGGAGAAACCCAGGUGGAAAAGGAGGCUAUGAUCAUGUUGUAGCUUUAGACAUCUGCCUCGUGGGACUGAGUAAGGGCUGACUCAGGAAACACCAGAUCUCUGGGGAUGAUGAAGAUCUGCAAAAGCCACCCCUACCAACCAGGACACUGACCCUGAGUUCCUUUCCAGGACCAAGCUUCUUGUUCCCAAUACUAACAGGAGAGACUCUAUUAAUAAAUAAAGCUUGCUUGAAGAUCAGAGCAAAGCAUCCACGUUUGUCUGCCAUACAGGCCAAGCAGUGGUGGCACACACCUUUAAUCCCGGCAGUCACACU